AUGUCCGCUUUGAAGUUGGCGGGCUCAACCCUGCGCGAGCUGCGCAUCCAUCUCUGCCAAAAGUCUGCCACCUCCAAGGGCGUGCGAGCCUUCAUCGAGAGCGACUACGUCGCCCUGAAGCAGGCCAACCCCGAUUUCCCGGUGCUCAUCCGCGAGGCCGCAGGGAUUGUGCCGCGCGUCUUUGCUAGGUACGAACACGGCGUCGAGCGGAUGGUGUCGCUGGAAAACGCGUCGAAGGAGCAAGUGGCCACGUCCCUCCGCGAGCUGGCCGCCAAGAAGCAA